AUAGUAUCCUGUUAAAUUCGUCGACAAUCGAUGUGUAGGAUUUUCGUACAGCAGAAUCAGAUGUAAUAUGUAAACAAUAAUUUGGAAGUUCUCUUUAGUUGUGAAAAAAAGUCACAGACCAUUUUUAGCAUCGAAGAUAAAAGCUGCUCAGAUAAGUGCUUAUCUCUGUUGUUGACACUAGCUGGGUGCCAUCAUUGUGUUGUUGGUUGAUUAACGCUAGUCACUUGUGGGUGCAGAUUUUUGUGAAAGUCUACGUUUUGCGAUGUAAACUGUAACCGGAAUCGCGGAAUGCACUAUGGGUUUGGAGAGUGAACUGCAAAGGAUUUGCUCCCCGCGCAUUUCCAGCGGGGAACUUGGCGACCGGGAGUAUCUCGGCCUGUCGACGGUGAUUGCCCUGCAGCGGCUGCACGAUGAUGUCGAGGUCGUUCUGACGGCCUACGAGGAAAGAUUUGCGAAACGAAGCUGGUUGCUGCAGUUAAAGUCAGCGUUUGCGGGAAAUCUGUCGAGUCCUCUCAACUGGUUCCCGAUGUUGGCUACGGUCGCCCUCGUAGUAUCAUUUUUUAUGACUGGCUAUGUCUUUUCCGCCGGAUUUAUUCUGUUGCUUCUGCUGCUCACCGUAGUGUUGAUAGUGCGUGAGAACAAUCUUCGAAAUACGGAAAUUUACCGGAAGGUACGAGGCGUGCUGGCGGAGAUAAAGUGCGGGGUUGAGCUAUGCAAGGAUUGGACAACAUCGAAUUAUCCGCAUAUCUGCAGUCCCUUGUCUCCGUGUGUAACCCUUCAGUGGACCUACAGGGAUGGAAAGAUUGUUAAUCUGCCGUGGGCUCUUCUGGUACGUGGAGACUAUAUCGUAAUGCGACCCGGACAGGUGUCGCCCGGAACAUGCACGGAAAUCUCCGGCAAGCGAUCGUUUAAAUGUGGUGAAACUUACGGUUUGUCACAAGCGUUAGAUCCCCCGAAAAAACCAGUCGCUCGAGCUCCGAUGCCCGAUCUAAUUUGUGUGGUAGAAGUUACUCCCUUUCUUGACAAUCUUCGAACGUCGUUGGAUAAUUUCCUGAAUCGACCUGCAACGAUUAUAAACCAACAACGGGAUUUGCUGAUCACCAAGUGCAUUCAACAGUGGGGUUGGUUGGUCGUACUGGUUCUUACCCUAAUCGUUGGAGUGCUCCGUUAUUUGGGUUUCUACUUUAACGGGAAAGUUCCCACCAACUGGCGCAAUGUCUUCCUGCUAAAUCCUUCCGCUGCACUGCUUCCCAUUUUACCGUUGGUUUUUCCACUGAUGUGGAUCACCAUUAACCUGUGGGGAACGGCCCGACUGGAGGCGCUACUUUCGGUUCCACAACCUAUAAUGCGAGCCGAGGCGCACAAAUCUUUCCAGGAAGAUUUGGAUACACCCACGGGAGACUUGGAUCAUGUGAAGCUGCCCCGCCGACUGGUCGGUUACUAUUGGUGGCAGCUGUUUCUGGGAAGAGCCGAGCUGCUCAGUCGAAGUUCGAAUGUGGUGCAGGUCCUUGGAACUAUUACGGCCCUUUGCUGCGUGGAUAAAAAGGGAAUCCUCUCGUGGCCUAAUCCGACUGCGGAGAAGGUUUUCUUUCUAAGAAGCGCAGCCAACGGUGAGAACCACAACACGGAUCAGUCCGAGCAGAGCAGUCUAAACUCGCAGUGCUGCCAGGAACACUACCACCCACUUUCGCAUAUACUAGAGCUGAGCCGACAGAAGGAGGGUACCGGAGCGAUUGCCGAAGUGCUGGAUCUAACGCACGACCAGCACAGCCCGUUUAAGCUGGAAUUCGACGAUCAUGCCUACAAGAAUCACCUCAGCUCGCUGAAACCCCUCGGGUUAGCCAUCCUCGUCAAUACCUGCUGCCCGCUGACGCAGGCCCACUACGCCAAGUUUUGCGGUCACGUGACGGCCGUCGCUAUGCUCGACAAGGAUUUGGUCCCGGUGACCAAUCGGUAUGCGAUUGUAGAGUCCAGUUUGAAUAGCUUUAUGCAUGGCCGUUGCCUGUGCGAACUCGCCCGACAGAUCGGCUUCACGUCGCACGCUCGAGACAUCUUCAACCUAGAAGGGCAAAUCUCCAGCUACCGGCAUCUGCAACCGGACGUCGUCCGGCGAGACAUCAAGUUCGCCCGAGCGCUGCAGCUGGCCGCCAAGGUGAAGGUUCCCUUUCCGCACUCGCUGUCGGUGGUGAUGCGUGAGUCACCCGGUGGAUCGCUGCAACUGCUCACACAGGGAACGGCCGACAUCGUACUGGACAGCUGCGACGAUUACUGGGACGGACAGGAUUUGAAACCACUGACCGAUAAGGAACGCAAGCGAGCGCAAGAUUUUUACCAACGAAGUGCCCUUACGGCGUACUGUACGGCCUUUGCCUAUAAGCCUUUACGGCAUGGAAUAACCGGUGCGCUGUCCGGGGAAAUAGACGGGGAGGUUGCCUAUCUGGAGCUGCCACCGGAAAGUAAGAACCAUCGGCCCGUUUACGGGCGAGAACAUUCGAUCGAUUAUGAGCGAGGCGGAGCUCCGCUGACGCAUCAUUCGAUCAGUACGGAUUCGCUGUUGUUCAGUGAAAAUAAGGAGGAGGACAUCUCCGAUGUGGACGGGUGCUAUGACAUGCAGUGUCAUCAGGUGUUUAUCGGUAUGAUUACGAUGCAGUAUCAGGUACAGACGGAUAUUGUUCAGCUAAUCGAACGAUUGGAGCGGGCCUGCAUAAGGUUCGUCCAUUUCAGUAAAGAAAACGAGCUUAGAUCGAGGGUGUUUUCGGAGAAGAUGGGUUUGGAAUCCGGUUGGAACUGCCACAUUUCACUGUUGAGUGAUGACGACAGUGCAAUGCCUUCCCCGACUUCGAAAAACUUCGAAUUCAAACUCUUUGCUUCCGGUUCGAAUGGUCAACAAUCCGAGGUGGAUGAGCAGAAUGAACUGAACAAACUACUGCCGAAUCUAGAAGCAUCGAAAGCUUUAAGCUCAUCAGCUCCGGGAGCAAUCUCCAAUCCGGACUCUAAUCUGCUGGAACCACAAGCAGGCCACAACCGGGAGCCAUCGUUGGAUCGUUCCAUCAACAGCUACGAGAUGAGAGACUUAAGAAAUUCGCUGCGGCAGGCGAGAGCGUCCCAGGAUUCGGCCAUGGACUGCGGGGCUGCACAUGACGACAAUUGCCGUUCGUUGAGCUGUUUGACCGACAGUACCGAACAGAGUGCACCGAUCAAUUUUGACAUGUCCAACCGGGCGAAACUUCCGCGGGGAAUCGAAAACAUUCGGCCACAUCUGGAAAAUGUCGAUAACGUUCCCCUGUUGGUAUCCCUCUUCACCGACUGCUCCGCCGAAGCCACCCGAGAGAUGCUUAAAAUUAUGCAACAAUAUGGAGAGAUUGUUGUCUGUCUGGGUUCAUCGGCUUCCAAUUCCAAUUCGGAAAUCUUCCUCCAGGGUGACUGCUCGAUUGCCAUCGAGCCCCUCUAUCCUCAGGUUUGUCAAGACUAUCCCGCGUACAAGGAAUCCAACAUUUACAACAACCGAGCCAACUUAAAUCCCCCAAACAAAAGCAAGAUAUUCCACCCGAUUCCGGAACCGGUCGUAACCGUUUCACCGAUCUACCUCAGCCGACUGCUAAACUCGAUCUCAUGCUCGAUCGCAACCUGCCGAGACGAUCCUAUUUCCAUCGUAGCUGUUAUAGAACUGUCACGUCGCUUCAUCCUAGGACUCUGGAGCUGUGUUCAAUUCUGGGCAUGUUGUGGCGUCUCGCUAGCAUUAAUGAACACCGUUACCGCAAUCCUUUCGCUACCGCCAAUGAUACUACCCCAUCACGCCCUAUAUCUGAUGUGCCUCGCCGUACCACUGAUAUCGAUUUCACUACUCCGGAUCGACAUCGAUCCGGGCAUCAUGAAACGAGCGACCGGUAAAAAGCAAACUUCCCUCGAUUCCCGAACGAUUGUAUUCGUCCUUUGGUGCUACGGGAUCAAAUUCUCGCUGGUGGUCCUCUUCCUGGUGACCUCCUACUGUUCCUUCCUGUCGCACCCGAUCGAGAUCUUCCCCGACGAAGACGACGACGUCGAAGACGGCGUCGGUUUAGAUGAGGUCCCGGAAAACUUCCAGUACGAUUUGGCCGUCGCGCGUAGUUUCAUCCUGCUUGGAACGGUGCUUCAUUUCAUCAUUCUGUCCGCUUCGUUCGUCCAUCGGGACUAUACUUGCUUCCGACGGAAUCCGCUGAGCAACCUGUGCUGGGUUUCGGUUGCCGCCGGGCUGCUGCUGUUUCACACGCUGACAAUCGUACUGCACAUCUGCACCGAUGACUACUAUUGGGCCGAGAUGGAACGGGUUUGGCCGAUCGUGCUGUUCUUGCUGCUCACGACCGUGGUGACCUUUGUGCUGACCGAGAUCUUCAAGUGGGAGGAAAUCAAAGUUAACAAUCGAUACAUUCGACGAGCGAGACUGGACUUCGGGACGAAGCUGGGUAUGAACUCACCGUUCUAGAACGGUAAAAAUGUAAGUCAACGCAGUGUAGUUAGUCUGUACUAUUGCGUGCUAUUUUUUUUUUAUUAUGCACGAGUCUAGUUGUGUCCUUUGGUGGGUGUGACUUAUUAUCUGUAUAACUAUUGUUCGUUUGAUUUUAAAGUCUAUCAAUCAUUCAAUUUCUGUAACAAUACUGCUAGCUGCAGUAUGUAACUGCGUAAGAUGUGUUAUUUUCAUUUCGAAAGUAAAAUACUGAAGAC